AGGUAACACACACAUGUUCUCUCAGUGUGUGUCUGAGUCUCUGCACGUGCUGCUGUCCGUGUGUCUGGAUCAGUGUUGGAGUUGUGUGUGUUUCCCCUGAUGUCCAGUGUGUGUGAACGCGUUUAUCGUAAACUAAGAUGCCUCUGACCGGCGAUGAGCUGCUCUGCCCGAAGUUCCAGCCCAACAUCUUCGACUCCACCCGCUGCCACGACUGCUUACGACAGAAACACCUGCACAACACCUGCAGCAGCGCCGAGCGCGCGCCCGAGCAGACGGCCGCGCGCAGCGACGACAAGGACACGAGCGCCAAGGACGACUCAGACGUGCUGUCAGUGGUGAGCAGCUACUGUGAUGUCAGCAGAGGGGGACGGGGCUUUGAGGACAGCUCCCUCUGCAUCUUGAGUCCCGAUUGUGACCUGUACCUGUGUGACGGAGACGACGACCAAAGCUCGGACAGUCAGGGUGACGAUUCCGUGUACAGCAGCUCUGCCGGUACAGAGGAAUACUCCUCCAGCCUCCUCCAUCAUCCUUCAUCCUGCCGUAGAAUGACCCGCUUGGAUCCGCCACCUCACCGGACGAGCCCUCGAGGCUGGACAGAGGUGUCUCAGAGUCACCGUGAUGGUUUUGGGCAGUUCGGUUUUUCUCACGGCAGUGUGAAGGAACGGAGAGAACGGGAGAGCGGAUAUUUCUCUCUGGGAAGGGCUGCGGGUAGCAGAGCCUUCCGUGAUCAAAGCCCUCCUGCUCCCUAUCGGCACUCUGAGAGAGGGCAUCCUCUGCCUAGCAACAAAAGCCCCGAACCCAAAGCCACCAUUCCAUUUCGGAACCCGGACCUGGGUGUCCCUUCAGAACGAAGGACCUCCGAGUUUCAGAAUGCAGAGCAGCUUGAAGAAAACUAUCCUCCUGAUCCGGUGGACCUCAGCCUGGAGGUUGAGGCCCUCGCAGGUCCCCGGGCCCUGAGUCCCACACCUUUCAAACAAGCGGAAUCGUUCGGUGGCUCCGGUCGAAGAGGUGGACGAAAUGCCCACACGUCUCCCUUACGGCAAUCGGGAACACUCAACUCUCCCCAAAGAGGUUCUGGCCUCUCCCGUUCCUCUUCUCCCUCCCGUAGCACCUCACCGUUCAGACGGGCCGAGUCCAGCUCCUCGCUCAACACGGUUGGCUUUCGGUCUAGCGGAGUUUCACAUGGACAAGAUCGGGCACCGGUCAGCCCGGCAUGGAACAGUUACUCUGGAAUCCUCCGAUCGUUUGCAAGCACUGCGGGCACUGUCAGUAGCAUCAAUAAGUCUCUCUCUCACAUGGAUUUGAGAGGCACUUUACGGAAACCUGAGACCAACAGCUCCUUCGUUGGGUCUGCGGAGAACCGUGGAAGCUCGUCCCCUUCCAGACGGAGUUAUGAAGGUCCUGCUGUUAGGAAAACUGAAACGAAAAGCCCUUCUUACGAGCGUGGUCAUGACAGACAGAGUGCCUUCUCCUCAGUGGGCCGCUAUGACUCAAGAAGCUCAUCCCCUUCCAGACGAAGUUAUGAUAGUCCUGCUGUUAGGAAAACCGAAACGAAAAGCCCUUCAUAUGAGCGUGGUCAUGACAGACAGGGUUUCUCCUCGUCCUCCUUGAAGAGCCGCUAUGAUUCCAGAAGCCAGUCCCCGAAGGGGAGGCCGGAGACAAAUGGCUCAUCAACUCAGAUUCAAGAGGGUCGACGAAGCGCGUCUCCAGUCAGAAAGGGCUAUGGAACACCAAGCCAGUCGGACAGAAGAUCCAUAUCUAACGGAUGGAGUCAUGACAGAAAAAGCCCCUCCCCAUCCAGAAAAAGCUACGAAAUGCAAAGCCAAGCCACAAUGAAGAAAACAGAAGCCAAGAGCUCCCUUCACAGCUACAACCGAGACAGCCGACUCUCUUCCCCAAGUAGAGGUCAUCACCAAAACCCUGGCCUUUCGUCACUUCGUAAGUCAGAAACAAGCCAGUCCUCAUCAAACCGUGGUCCCAAGAGCCGCAGUACCUCCCCCACAGCUCAUAGCCAAUCUCCUCCUCGCAAGUCAGACUUGCAAAUGUCUACACUGAGACGUGAGAUCACAGAGCACGUCCCUCUGAGGAACACUAUGAGUGACAGAACCGGCUCCUCCUCAUACGUAAGAAACGCCACGAGUAACCAAUCACAGCACGACUCAUCGGGCCGCUGGAGAGGCUCCACCCACUCUCUCCACAGCCAGUCAGUCUCACGUAACUCCUCCCCCUCACGCCACAGCAGCGAGAAGAAACCAAUCGGCUCCUUUACAAAAUCUGCCUCUGUUGCCUGGGAAACACCACGAGAUGGAGGCAAGAGGAGCAGCGUGAGGCAGAACCAGGAGGCGCAAAACUCCACGUCCAACAGCCGACGAGCGCAGAGCCGUCACAGAAGCCCGUCCCCUCCGGUCCAAAGACACACGUCUUCUCAGAGCUCCAUGGACUCCGAGUCGAGUCAUCUCUCUGCCGGGUCAUCGGGUCUCAACCGAGAGGAAUAUGCCAUGAUGGCUGACCUUCCCAAGGUCAAAACAGUCUUCCAGAGGGAGGGACCGAGCCACUUGAGGAGGAUGGAGAGCACACAGAAACGAGAACUUUCCCGUUACAAACCAGCAAGUCACUCACAGAGCAAAGCUCCUCACUCGGAAUGGGACGAACUAGAGGAUGACAGAGACAGCGGUACACUAUCAAGGGCUCACUCGUCCAGCUCCCUACACACACAGAGAGCGAGCAGUCCGGCCGCAGAGCAGAUGCAGUCCGGCAGGAACCCGUCCAGAGCAUCAGGACAGAACCAGAAAUUGCACAGACCAUCGGUGUAUUUCUCCUGCAGCGUGGAACAGACCGAUGAGGAACCAAUGGAACAGCCUGACCUGCUGAACUUCAAGAAGGGAUGGAUGUCUAAGCUGGACGAGAGCGGAGAGUGGAGGAAACACUGGUUUGUGCUAACGGAUGCUGGACUGAAGUACUACAGAGACUCUGCAGCAGAGGAGAGGGACGAGGUGGAUGGCGAGAUCGAUCUGAAGUCGUGUGUGAAGGUCUCUGAGUUUGACGUGGAGAAGAACUACGGCUUUCAGAUUCAGACCAGAGACGCCGUCUUCACGCUCUCCGCCAUGACGGCGGGCAUACGGAGGAACUGGAUCGAGGUUUUGAGGAAAAACGUUCGUCCCGGCAGCUCUCCAGACCUCACACAGCUGCCCAACUGCAGCAGCAAUAAAGAAAACUCCCGUCAUUCGUCAUCCCUCCGCCUCCGCAGCCAAUCGGAGGCCUCCUCUGGCAGCGCAAACCCCGCCCACAGCAAAUUCGACUAUGUCGAGCUGUCACCAGUAACCACGCCUGCUACCCCCGCCUCCGCCAAUCAGAGAGAGUCGGGGGAGGGGCAGGUGAGAGAGCACAGCCAAUGGCAGGAGGAGCGGCCGCGCGACGACGCCCACAACCAGUGGGAGGCGGUGCUGUCGCGGAAGGGGACGGGCCAGCUGUCGGAACAGAGGCGAAUAGAGGAGGAGAUCGAGAAGAAGUGGGCGGAGUUUGAGCGGCUGCCGCUCAAAGAGACGAGGUCGCUCCCGUCGAUGGGCUCGCGGUCGAGCCCGUCAGCCAAUCAGGCGCUGGAGAGGGAGGUGGCGUCUCUGAGGCAGCAGCUGGUGGAGUUGCGGGCGGGGCAGGGGGGGCGGGAGGGGUGGGCGGGGCGCUGCGGGGCGGAGUCAGGCUGCGGCGAGAUGCUGCGGCAGAUGGAGCGAGCGCACAAGGAGGCGCUGGAGGAGCUGGAGAAGCAGCACGCGCAGCAGAUCAGCGCGCUGGAGCGGGAGAGAGACACGCUGCUGAAGGAGGAGACGGACGCCACUGCGCGCGUGAUGGAGGCAUUACAGAAAGCACACAGAGAAGAGCUGGAGAAAACCGCACAACUCAGAGAGACUCAUGGGAUGGAUUCACAUACAUUUGACAAACAGCAACAGGCGGAGGUGGCGUCUCUGCGGCGGGAGCUGCAGGCUCUGUCGGAGCGAUACUCUCAGAAGUGUCUGGAGCUGAAGCGAGCGCAGCAGCAGAGCCUCGACACACACCGGCUCAUGAGCCAGAAAGACACACAGAUGGAGCAGCUGAAGAAAGACAACCAGGAUCUCCAGGCACGUCUGUCAGAAGAGGUGAAGGUCAUUCGGUCUCUGGUCACAGGUCAAGGGUCAGAUGGGGUAACUGACGGCACUGAGAGGUCGUGGUGUGAGACGCAGGUGCUGCUGCGUGUGCGAGAGAAUGAACUGCAGUAUUUACACAAGCAGCUCAACAGCCUCCGCAACCAGCUUCACUUCCUCACCACGGAGAAGAGCAGCGUGUGCGAGCGCUACCGUGAGGUGUGUGAGGAGCUGAGCGCGAUGAAGAGCCGCAGCGAGCGUGAGGCCGAGACGCUGCGAGAACACCUGAGACUGGCUCUGAGCGCGCUGCACGAGGGACAGCAGACGGACAACACACACGCACGCACGCACACACACGCCUCCUGAGGGGAGGAGCCUCAGUCACGUGCCUUCAUUUCAGCCCAAUCAGCUGCAGGGAUUCCGACCCGCCAAACAGCUGCAGGACACUGGAACAAACGCUUCUGCACUUUCUCACGUCUGCAUGUGUGUCCAACUCCUGGAAACAAAACUGGAAUGUCUCACUGUUGCUAGUGUAGUGUGGAAGAACUACACACACACACACACACACACACACACACACACACACACACACAUACGUAUGAACAAUCAGAGUCUCACUGGGAUUAUCUGCCAAACUAAUAUCUGAUUAUGUGCCUCCUGUUCCAGAAUGUGUGUUUCUGUGUGUGAGAGAGGGUGUGUGUGGGUGUGUUUGUUCAACUGCCUUUGUGCCACAUAAACAAAAGAGCUUUGCAUUAAUGAGCCAUUGUUUUUAAAAGAUGUUUGCGUUUCUUGUUGUCAUAUUUAAUUUUUAGAGUUUAACGCAUAUGUAAACAUAUCGGACUAUGACUAAUAAAACUUGGGUUAUUUGG